UAAGAAACUCCAAGCUACAAGCAUGGCGCAAAUAAACCCUGCAGGAGUUUUCAAGAUUACUGUUUACGAUCAAGAAAAUUUCCAGGGCAAGAGGAUGGAAUUCACUGCUUCCUGCAAGAAUAUAAUGGAUUGUGGUUUUGACAAUGUUCGAUCCAUCAAAGUUGAUUGCGGAGCCUGGGCUGGUUAUGAGCAUUCCAGCUUUUUUGGACAACAAUUUAUCCUGGAGAAAGGAGAAUACCCUCGCUGGGAUGCCUGGAGUGGCAGCAAUGCUUACCACACUGAAAGACUCAUGUCCUUCCGCCCCAUUUGUUCUGCACACCAUAAAGAAUCCAAAAUUGUCAUUUUUGAGAAGGAAAACUUCAUUGGAAGACAGUGGGAGAUGUGUGAUGACUACCCCUCUUUGCAAGCCAUGGGAUGGUGCAACAAUGAAGUUGGAUCCAUGAAGGUUCAAGCUGGCGCAUGGGUGUGCUACCAGUACCCAGGCUACCGUGGCUUCCAGUACAUCAUGGAAUGUGAUCGCCAUGCUGGAGAGUACAAGCAUUGGAGAGAGUGGGGAUCCCAUGCUCAGACUUUCCAGAUUCAGUCACUCCGCCGCAUUCAGGAGUAAAGCAACAAAUCAACAGAGCACAGUGGGAGGGCCUGCAAAGGAAAUCUAUGGGUACACUUGUACUACUUUCUAUCGUAGAACAACAAUCUGUGUACUGUAACUGGUUUAACAUCUCAUCACAAUAACU